CACACCAGAGGUAGACACAGAGAGAGACACACACACACACACAAACACACACACUGACGGCAAGGCCCUGGGAAGGCGGCCUGGAUCGGCUCCAAACUUCAGAAAACAAGCACCAAGAGGGGACAACAGCCAAGACCAAGGGCACCACUGGGAGCACACAAGGACCCCGAGGCCGCAGGACCCGGCACCCACCCCCGGCGGUGCGGUCCCGGCUCAGGGGCACGCCCGCGGGCACUCAGCCUGAGGAGGACGGCAGCAGCUUGAGCUGGUCGGGCAGCACCAGGAUGUGGCUCCCAAACCUGGGGACAGAAGCAGAGGGGAGCCGAGCUGCACUGCGCUGCCAGGAUGUCUGCCGGCCCGCCGUCCUCGUCUAUCCCCUCCUGCCCCUGCUGAGGCCGGCUCCCACCCUCCCCGGAGGCCCAGGCAGAACUCAGGGGAUCCACAGAGAGCGGGACAGCGCUGAGCAGCUCAGGGGGGGCACCCCACCUCAUUCUCGGGACCAACAGCACGGCGGCCCACAGGUCCGGGAUGAUGGGGGCCGUGGAAGAGUAGCAACGGGGGGCCGGCGGGUGGACCCAGACGCUCCGUCCUUCAGUCCAUGGUCACCCAGCACGCAGUCCCCAGAAGCCCGCUGUGGGGCCAGCCUCACCCUGCAAGGGACAUGGCCUUCCCUGCUUUCCCCCGGCUGUAUGGUGGCCCCAGCACACGGCGCCCGGAGACCCCUGGAGGCUGACACGGUGCUCUACUGGCACAAGACAUCUGGCGCAGAUGCUGGGAGUCACCUGCAGACCAAGGGGGAAGCCUUCAAAAUCGGGUAUUUGAUGCCAACAGUGUAUGUCACAUCAGCCGUCGAGGCUCCUGGCCCCUGCCUGGACAGUGCAGGCUAAGAAGGGAACAGCAGAGCAGGGCAGGGCGAGGGCCUUCCUGAGAAGCCAGGGGGCAUCCAGCCGGACCCUCAAGAAGGUGUAAGAGCAAGGAGAACUCUCCCAAGUGGGAAGAGCGAACACGGCACAUACAAAGGUCCUGAGGCAGGCAUGUGGUAGGUGGGGCGGGAGCAGACCCCAGUGAGAAACUGCAACAGAGAGAGGGCCCGAGGCCUUGCAGGUGGGGACUCCGGAUGCUGGAGGACGAGAGAACUGCAUUGUAAGGAUGCAGGUUGGAUCCAGGAUCCAGCCCUCACCACUGGAGCCGGCGCACCUCCGGAGUGGGGGGCGGAGGGGGGGGGGCGUUCCCCCGCCGGCCGCAGGUCCGAUCCAGCCUUCCCCUUUACUUAAAGGGGAAGGCGCCGGAUUCUCCUGAAAGGGCGCGCAUUGAGGAGGGACAACUUCUGCGGUGCCCAAUUGGGGAAGGCCGGCCAUUACCUUUGACCUUUCUAGAGGUGGGCCUAGUCAAGCCUCACGUGGGGCAUCCUGGGCCCACUCUGAUUGGUCAGUG